CUCAAACCUUCCUUUUCCUAUUGAAGUAGCAGCCAUGAGGUACGCUUUUAAGUGAUAGCUCAACCAAACACUUUAUUUAAGUAUUAAAACGUGCUUUUGUUAAGCUCAUGACACCGUAGCGGGAUGGUGCACUCUCAGUUUAAAUGAUACACAGUGGUCAAAGCUCAUGUAGAGCCACAAACCCCACUAUUUUACGUGGCGAUGUGUGACACGCUGUAGCAGACGGAGAGGCCAUAUUGAGAGCCCGGAUGGUGGUCCAGUGUUAGCGGAGCAGCUGAGCUGUUCAUGCUGGAUGUCUUAAUGCUCACAGUCAAUAAACUCAUCAGUUUUACGACAUGUAGUAGUCCAACAUGCAUUAUAAAUAAAGACACAGAUGUUUGACCCGGGGUGUAUUUGUCCCACAGCAUGCUCAGGCUCCAAAAGAGGCUGGCCUCCAGCGUCCUGCGCUGCGGGAAGAAGAAGGUCUGGCUGGAUCCGAAUGAGACCAAUGAGAUCGCCAAUGCCAACUCCCGUAAGUAGAUCAGUAAUAUCUCUGACUGGUUUCUGUUGGUAGUUUGUUUAAAAUGUCUAAGGAUUGUGUUGGCCGAAAUGAUGCAGAAACAUGCUGAUGUCCUAUUUUAAAACUCCUCCUGUUAUAAUAAAGUCACUGUCAGCUCUAAUAGGGCAAAUCAAGGCAAACCUUGAAGUCAGCAGUUUGUUAUGAAGUUUCCUCUGAGUCUGGGGGCAACCGUGAAAAGACAUGUUUUACUUUGAACCAAAACGCAGAUGAAGAUAUCUGUGUUUUGUAAACGUGCAGAUCCAACAAUGUUUGGACAUGCAUCACCCACAGCCUAACUCAAGAGAAGCUCUUACCCUUUCUAGCUCAUACUGAGGUUUCGUUCCAAAGUUUGAAACUCUACACCAUUUUUGACCCUUAAUUUGUCUGUUUUAAAUUUGUACCCCAGUGUUUACUUUUUAUCUUGUCACUAUCUUGCCAACAGUAAAGUAGUUUUUAGCAGUUUUGUUUCUCUUUUAUAGUCAAUAUUAAACUGUGGUAUUUUGUCAAAAACAAAAAGAUGUGAUGUAUAGGCCAUCAGCUGACAUGCUUCCUUAUUAUCAGCAUUGACUGCUAAGAAACUGUCAGUAGAGCACUUUUGGUAAGAACUUUUUGAAGUAUUUGUGGUUGGUAUUAAAGCUUUUCUUCUGUCUUCAGGCCAGCAGAUCCGUAAACUGGUGAAGGAUGGUCUCAUCAUUCGCAAACCUGUUACGGUCCACUCCAGGGCCCGCUGCCGCAAGAACACACUGGCCCGCCGUAAGGGCAGACACAUGGGAGUCGGUAAGUGAAAAUGCUACCUUUUAUUGCAUUAUCAAAUUUUUAGAGAAACUGCGUAAAGACCCCUAUGUUACUGAAGUUCUUAAUGUGUUAGCUAUGCAGAUGAACUCGAUCCAGUAUGUGAAUUGUCAGAAACAUAAUGAAAUACUUUUGAAAAUUUAGAAGAACAAUAAAUAAAAAUUGUAGAUAGUCUGUUAAAUACAAUUGGGAUGUUUUGCUUAUGUGUUUAUCCCCACAGGUAAGAGAAAGGGUACAGCUAACGCCCGUAUGCCUGAGAAGCUGACUUGGAUGCGGCGCAUGCGGAUUCUGCGUCGUUUGCUGCGUCGCUACAGGGAGUCCAAGAAGAUCGACAGGCACAUGUAAGUUCAGGAUGUCAUAACUGCUCCUGUGAAUUGGACUUAAAGACCCACACUUUGAUGACUUUGAUGAGUUCUUUUUUUUGAUAAACCUGGCUCUGUUUGACACUAGCUGCACCUCUAAAACUGUUUGUUGAAUUAACAUCAAUAUUUUCCCUUCCUGCCAUUUUUCAGGUACCACAGCCUCUACCUUAGGGCCAAGGGUAAUGUGUUCAAAAACAAGCGCAUCCUCAUGGAGCACAUUCACAAGCUGAAGGCAGACAAGGCUCGCAAGAAGCUCCUGGCGUAAGUCUGAGACUGAACUGCUUCUUUAAAAAUUGGAGAAAGAAGUCAGGACAGUCUUUUUUCAGAGAAGUUUUUAAUUUAAAAUCUUUAUUUGGAGCAGAAGGCUCCACAUUUUUGUAGGAAGUGAUGUGUUUUUCUACACAUAAAAGCAUUUUGUUUUCUGAACUGUAUCAGCAAACUGAGGUUAAAGUUUAUUUUGACAGUCAUGGUCUUUGUGCAUGAGUCCAAAGUGCGCACAAGUUAGGAGUCAACCAGACAGUUAAAAAAAAAAAAAGAGAGAAAAACUUCCAUGAAACAUUCUCAUAGCUUCACUAAGCUAUGAUAAGGGUUGAUAAGCAGCUGAAAGUGAUGGUAUGAACACAUGUGUCUCUCUGCAUGUUCCACAGCGACCAGGCCGAGGCUCGUCGUUCCAAGACAAAGGAGGCUCGCAAACGCAGAGAGGAGCGUCUCCAGGCCAAGAAGGAGGAGAUCAUCAAGACCUUGUCCAAGGAGGAGGAAACCAAGAAGUAACCUGGUCAUCUGUCCAUCCUGCCUGACUGCCACCCGUCAAGUGCUGACAAUAAAAGUGUAUAUAAAGACAACCAAGGUCUCCUGAACUUUCUUGAGUCACCGAUUAAACUCAACUGUUUGAUAAAAAGAAAUAAGAUGGUUAACACAUGCAGUCAUGCUCAAAAUAAAAAAUAACAGGAUAAGAAUAUAA